UGACAUCACUACAGCAGCAGCCCUUUAAACCUCUCACCCAGCCAGCGCCCCAUCCUGUCUGUCCAAGUCCAGAUAGAGCUGACUCCUUCCUGCGAGCCCUGAAGAGCCCCUCUCUCCCUAAACAUGGCCAACAAGGGACCUUCCUACGGCAUGAGCCGAGAAGUGCAAUCCAAAAUUGAGAAGAAGUACGAUGAAGAGCUGGAGGAACGGCUGGUGGAGUGGAUCGUAGUGCAGUGCGGCCCCGAUGUGGGGCGCCCGGACCGUGGGCGCCUGGGUUUCCAGGUCUGGCUGAAGAACGGCGUGAUUCUGAGCAAGCUGGUGAACAGCCUGUAUCCUGAUGGCUCCAAGCCAGUGAAGGUGCCUGAGAACCCCCCCUCCAUGGUCUUCAAGCAAAUGGAGCAGGUGGCUCAGUUCCUGAAGGCAGCGGAGGACUAUGGGGUCACCAAGACUGAUAUGUUCCAGACUGUUGACCUCUUUGAAGGCAAAGACAUGGCAGCAGUGCAGAGGACCCUGAUGGCUCUGGGCAGCUUGGCAGUGACCAAGAACGAUGGGCACUACCGUGGAGAUCCCAACUGGUUUAUGAAGAAAGCCCAGGAGCAUAAGAGGGAAUUCACAGACAGCCAGCUGCAGGAAGGAAAGCAUGUCAUUGGCCUACAGAUGGGCAGCAACAGAGGGGCCUCGCAGGCCGGCAUGACGGGCUACGGACGACCUCGGCAGAUCAUCAGUUAGAGGGCGAGGGCCAGCCCCCAGCCCCGCCCUGCCCCAGCUCAUUGGCUGCAGCCAUCCCACCUAGCCCAGCUCACCCACACCUGUAUAGUUCCUUCAGCCCUGGCCAAGCUUCGAGUCUCCGAGUCUCCGAGGCUCCCGCUCCGUCACUGAGCAAAGGUGACUGCGCUUGGGCAACUCUCCCCACCCCUCAGCCUAAGCCCAAUCUCUUACCCCAAAGCACCACUCCCCGGGCCCUCCUCCCAGCCCCCCACCACCUCUACUGUGUCUUCCUAUCCUGGGCUGAACAGGGUGGGGUGGGCUGGGCGUGGCCUGGGCGUGGGGCAAGUCCACUGUCCUCCUUGGCAGCAGAUGCCCAUUGAAGGAGACCCAGCCCAACCUCCCCUCCAUUUUUUGCUGGAAUAUUUUGGGGGUUGAAUUCAAAAAGGAAAAAAUAUAUAUAUAUCAAUCUUUUCUCAG